AUGGGAAGCGUCAGCAGUGAGAAGCUGCUCGAGAAGAAGUUCGAGGCAGGUCUGGCGUCCUGCGCGGCCCUCGCCACAUUUCCAGCGAGGGUCGAGCCCAGGGACCGCAGGGAGAACCCAAGAUGGAAUGAUGUGAGCGGUCAGGCCAAGACGGUUGUGUUACGAAAUGCAACACUCUUUGACGGCGAGGCGUUUCUUGAGGGCUCCGUCGACAUUGUCUUUUCCAGGGGUCUUAUCACCUCGGUCUCCCCUGCUGGUGCAGUCGUGACCGUUAACAACGACGACGAUGACAACGACGGCAUCAAGGAGGUUGAUCUCCGUGGGGCAUACGUGACGCCCGGUCUGGUAGACAUGCACGCGCACCACCUGGUUUUGGCAUGGCCUACCAUCGAGGCUACAGAUGAUUCCAACGAGGUGCACCCCGACUUUGGUCCGCUCACACCUUUCGUGAGCGCCAUCGACGGCAUGAAGGCCUAUGAUGCGGCCACCAGGCUCAUCGCCUCCGGCGGCGUCACAUCCAGCCUGAUCAUCCCGGGCAGCGCCAAUAUCAUGGGUGGCGAGGGCGCUGUUGUGAAGAAUGCGGUCAAGGCUGGGCCGAACGGCGAGUACGUGAUCGAGGAGAUGCUGUUGGAUCAUGGGAUCGAGACGGGCGAGAGGCACCGGUACAUGAAGAUGGCCUGUGGCGAGAACCCCAAGAGGGUUUAUGGGCACACGAGGAUGGGAAACGUGUGGGUGCUGCGGAAGUGGCUCGCGAGGGCCAAGGAUCUCAUUGACAAGCAGGACGCUUGGUGCGAAGGCGCUCAUAUGGCGGCGGCGGCGGCGAGGAGCAGCACCGAGGCCAAGGCGAGGAUGUUGGCCGACAAGGGCGGGUUCCCCGAGGAGCUCGAGCUGGAGAGCACCGCGGCUAUGCUCAGGGGCCGUGUGGCCAUGCAUAACCACUGCUAUGAGCCCGAGGACAUGGAGACCAUGCUGCGAGUCUCUCACGAGUUUGAAUUCCGUGUUCGGGCUUUCCACCACGCCAUUGAGGCCUGGCAGGUCCCUGAGAUGUUGAAGGAAUAUGGCGAGAACAUCACAGUCGCAACAUUUGCAGAAUUCGCCCUCUACAAGCAAGAGGCAUACGCUGCUAGCCUGUAUGCCGGCAAGAUCCUCAACGACCACGGCGUACCGGUGGCUUACAAGUCCGAUAAUGCCCAGGAGGAUCUCUCGGCGCAGUAUCUGAGGUUCCAGGCCGCUGUUGGCCACUCCUUUGGCCUGCCAGCGGACAAGGCGCUACAGUCCAUCACCUCGAUCCCAGCCAGGGCCAUCGACCUUGAUUUCCGCGUGGGCUACACACGAGCAGGGUACGAUGCUGAUAUUGUCGUGUGGGACUCGCAUCCUCUUUCCGUCGCUGCGACGCCGAAGCAAGUCUACAUUGACGGCGUGGCGGCCCUGGACCCAGUCAAGGUCGAAGAGAACACGGCGCGUGUUGUCUUUGAGACCGCUGACGGUGUGAAUAGAGGCGCGGGAAAGCCUGAGAUGCGCGCCACGAUUGAUGAGGAGGAGAGGUUGCAGGUCUGCACCGACGUGCGCAAGCCGGGCCAGACCCUUGUGAUCAGCGGAAUUACCAAGUCGUUUCUGGACGAGAGGUCAGGCGUACUGCCCACGAGCGAGAGCGAGUCCCUAGGUUCAAACCUCAUGCUCAUCGUAAAGGACGGUCAGGUUGUCUGUCUGGGCUCCAGCGAGGUUGGAGACUGCGCCAACACGGGUAUACAACUCUCGAACGACAACGACCAUGUCGUCCAUAUCCGUCUUAAGAAUGCCCACCUCACCCGUGGCUUGACGGCUGUGACGUCCUCCUUGGGUAUCGUCGAGAUCACCACAGAUCCAGACACUGGCGACGGUCUGGCCAAUGUGGUCAAGCCCAAGGAGGCUAGAGACGCGGAAAACAUUGACUAUGCGAAGUAUGCCGUCAGCCUCGCAGGUGGCGAGGUGAAGGCCAAAGCAUUUGCCCGCGCCAGGCUAGGGGGUGUCACCAGGGCUGUUCAGUCUCCUGUGACACAAGGCGGACUGAUCGCAGGCGUGUCUACAGGUCUGAGGACGGGACUGCACAGCACGCUUCUCAAUGGAGGUCUGUUCCAGGAAGACGUUGCCAUGCAUGUUGUGCUGGGACAGGACGCCAAGGCCAAUGAUGGCGCUGUGAGUAUGGCCAUCGAGAGGCUCAGGGCGCUUGUGAGGGCUGGUGGGAGUGCGAAGAAGGUGAGGGACACUGAUGCUACAAACCCCUGGGUCUUGGUUGCCAAUGGUUCGCUGCCUCUAGUCAUCAGCGCUGUCUCGAACCACGAUAUCCAGCAAACGAUCCUGUUUAAAAAGGACUAUCCUCAUGUCAACGUCGUCAUCUUGGGAGGUCAUGAGGCGCCUCUUUUUGCUCGGGAGAUUGCGGAAGCAAAGGUUCCUCUGAUCCUGACGGCGACUCGCCCUGGUCCAGACAGCUGGACCAAGAUCAAUUCGCUGCCUGGGCCGCCCCUUAGUAGAAGCCCAGCAGACGUCCUGAGCGAGGCGGGGGUGUUUUUUGGUAUCUCGAUCCUUGGUCAGGGUGGACCCCCAGGAGAUUCGCGCAUCCAAUCUACCGCCCUCGAGGCGUCCUGGGCGGCCAAGUAUGCAGGUCUGAGCGAACGAGAGGCGCUGGCCCUUGUCUCGACCAACAUUGAGCAGAUCCUGGGCCUCGAGGCGAGUGGUGACAUUGUGGUCUGGGAGGGCAACCCGUUGCAGUUCGGGACGCCGGUGCUGGGUUUCCAGGCGCAGGGCGGGAGGCUGGAGGUUAGCAGCUGUUGGCCUAAUGAGGUGGAUGAGUAGAUGGUUGCUUUCGAAACUGUGCUGCUGAGUAUUGGUCGAUUCUCACUCCUUGGCGGCUGUUUGGGGGUUUCAGCGUGGCGCUGGAUACAAGUAUUUAUGUACUACAUAAGUGUAUGUAUUAUUUUACUUGCU